GUCUGUACAUUUAUUCCACUAUAAUAUUCAAGUAAUUUUCUGGAAUUAAAAAUAAUACUUAGGCUUAGAUUUUAUAAAUUUAGAGCAUUGAAAGUCUCUCAACAAAAACGUAAUUAAGAAUACUUAAAUUGACAUCAUCAAAAUUGUUAUAUUAUCAUUGGAAUAGGGGUAAUUUGCUUUGAGUAUGUUCUAUACCUACUCCUAAAUUGCUGUCAAAAAUUUGACUACCUCCACAACUCAUCAGACUUACUGACUUGUAACUCUUACUUGUGAGAACAAAAUUCUAACCCAUAAAUCAAUCUUAAGUUGAGAGUCAAAAUUCAAUCCAUUCAAGCUAAAACUCAAUCCAAAGUCAAUCUGUCAAUACGCCAUGUCGGCUCGUCGGGUUGUGGUCACUGGCGUGGGGCUUGUUACGCCGCUGGGGCUUGGAGCCCCACAUGUCUGGGCACGACUCACAGCCGGCGACACAGCCACGGCAUAUGUGGCCGACGACUGGGCUAAGCAGAUACCGUCGCGAGUUGCAGCGCGAAUACCCUUUGGUACUGGCGAGAACGAGCUGGACCUGAAGCGCGAGUUCAGCUCGUCCGAGCUGCGCACUCUGUCGCCUGCCUCGGCCGUAGCGCUCAUCACUGCAAGGGAGGCCGUCGCAGACGCCGCAUGGACACCUGACGACCUAAAAGAGCGACAGGCAACGGGCGUGGCUAUUGGCAUGGGGAUGGUUGACUUGGAGGACGUUUUAGCUACAGGUAAAGCUCUUCAGGAGAAAUAUACAAAAGUCAAUCCGUUCUUCAUACCAAGAAUAUUAACGAACAUGGCCGCUGGUCAGAUCAGCAUCAAGUAUGGUUUCCAGGGCCCCAAUCACAGCGUUUCGACGGCUUGUGCAACAGGCACGCAUUCCAUUGGUGAUAGUUUCAGGAUGAUCAAAUACGACGAUGCUGACGUCAUGGUGUGUGGAGGAGCAGAAGCCAGGGUGAACGCUCUAGGUAUGGCCGGCUUCAGCAGGUUACGAGCUCUUUCUGUGAAAUAUAAUGAUAAUCCCAGUGUAGCGUCGCGACCUUUCGACCGCGACAGAGAUGGUUUUGUAAUGGGCGAGGGUUGUGGCAUUCUCGUGCUCGAAGAACUGCAACACGCGUUAGCGCGCAAUGCUAAAAUCUACGCCGAAGUUCUAGGGUUCGGCAUGAGCGGCGAUGCUCACCACAUCACAUCUCCUAGAGAGGAUGGAGACGGCGGUGAACGGGCAAUGUUGAAGUGCUUGAAAGAAGCGUCUCUGACUCCUGCAGAUGUUGGCUACGUCAAUGCGCACGCCACGUCUACUCCUCUCGGGGACGAGAUUGAACUGAACGCUAUCGGACGCGUGUUCGGUGACAACGAAGUCUACGUGUCUUCUACUAAAGGUGCAGUCGGACACCUGCUAGGGGCUGCUGGUGCUGUGGAGUCUGUGUUUACUGUACUGUCGGUGCACGCCGGGUUUCUUCCUCCAACAACUAAUUUGGAAAAUCCUAUCGAUGUUCCCAACAAAGUCAAGAUAAUAGCGAAGGUGGGGCAGCCAUGGCUAGACCGCGGCAAGAGGAGGGUUGCUCUCAACAACUCGUUUGGGUUUGGGGGCACAAACGCGUGUCUUUGCUUCGCUGCUUAUCAUUAGCUACUUAUGUAUUGGAAUCUGUUGACUUCUAUAUUUGUGUGUACUGACGAGGCUGUAUAACUCUAAGACAUUCAUCGUUGUUAAGUUUAUGUACAGAGAAGAUAUAAUCAAGACCAAUUAUAUGAACUGUGAAUUGUGUUCGUUAAUAUUAAAGGGACAGGUUACUCUGAGGCUAGUUCUAUAUUUUUACUAUUUUUCCAUUCAGUAACGCGAGUAAUAUUAGAUAUUUUAAAUGAAAUGGAAUUUAUUUCGGUCGGCAAAAUGUGGAUGCCAAACACGUAUGUUGAGACAAGCGGACGCUCAAUACUUUCAAUUGGUAUGGACUAUGGAAAUGCUAGAAUGUUUUUCUAAUUUAAUUGUAAAACUUGAAUCGCGAGAAAGAAAUUGCUGCAUUUUAGCCGAUAAUUGAGAAAAAUCAUGAGGGAGGUGCGAGACAAUUGGGCAGACUUAGGGGAAAUGAAAUGAAGUGCGUGCCAUAA